UCUAACCUUCUGGAAAUUUCCGCCAAUCCGAUUCCGAGAGCGAGAGCCCCCCGGUCACCAACCAACCCCAAGCAAGCAGCCGCGAGCCGCUUCCCCCGGAUCACACCGGGCAUGCGCCGCGCCCCCGCCGCCGCCGCCGCCGCAGCAGCAGCAGCCUGAGCAGGGGGGGAGGAGGGGAGGCUGGUCUUCGGGCGGGGAUGGAGGCGGGCGGCGGGGGCGCGUCCUCGCUGCCGCCGUUCCUGAGCAAGACGUACGAGAUGGUGGACGACCCGGCCACGGACGCCGUGGUGGGGUGGACGCCGCCGGGGACCAGCUUCGUCGUCGCCAACCAGGCCGAGUUCUGCAGGGAUCUGCUCCCCAAGUACUUCAAGCACAACAACUUCUCCAGCUUCGUGCGGCAGCUCAACACCUACGGCUUCAGAAAAAUUGAUCCUGAGCAAUGGGAGUUUGCAAAUGAGGAUUUCAUUAGGGGACAACGGCACCGACUGAAAAAUAUACAUAGGCGCAAACCCAUAUUCAGUCACUCAUCACACAAUCAGUCUUCUGCACCGCUGGCAGAUCAUGAAAGGCGGGAAUAUGAAAAGGAAAUCGAGAAGCUGAAGUGUGAGAAUGCAAAUCUUUCCUCAGAGCUUGAAAAGAAUGCGGAAAAGAAACUUGAUAUGGAGAGACGAAUGCAGGAGCUGGAGAGUAAGUUGAUAUUUUUGGAGGAUCGGCAAAAGAAUCUGAUAGCUUAUGUCAGAGAUAUUGUACGGGCACCAGGAUUUCGCUCUAGCUUUGUGCAGCAACCUGAUCAUCAUGGAAAGAAAAGGAGACUACUAAUACCUGUUUCUGUCCACCAAGAUGCAAAUACUGAGGGGAAUCAGAUUGUGCAUGGGGGCUUAACGAACCCACCAGUUUGCAGAGAAUCAUUUGACAAAAUGGAGUCUUCCUUGAACUCAUUGGAGAAUUUCUUUCGAGAAGCAAGUGAAGCAUUUGAUAUUUCAUAUGAUGAUGGUGUCCCGGGACCUUCAUCUGCCGUUGUUAUCACAGAGGUCCAUUCAUCUGGAGAAAGUGAUCCUGUUGUACCAUCGCCUCCGUCAAGGAUGCAUACCUCUUCAGCUGGUGCAGGAGAUUCACUCUCAAGGAUGUAUACCUCUUCAGCUGGUGCAGGAGAUUCGCUCUCUUCUCAUGACGUAACAGAGUCAACUAGCUGCGCAGAAAGUCCUCCCCUCCCUCAAAUGCAGUCCUGUACAGAUUCACGAGCUAAGGUGUCUGAGAUUGAUGUUAAUCUGGAGCCUGCUAUUACAGAAACUGGUCCGUCAAGAGAUCAACCUGCCGAGGACCAUCCAAGUUUAGCACCUGCAAACGACGGCUUUUGGGAGCAAUUUCUUACUGAGCAGCCUGGUUCCAAUGCGCAUCAGGAGGUCCAAUCAGAAAGGCGAGAUGGAGACAGUAAAGACUAUCAGACAAGAACAGGAGACCAGGAAAACUUAUGGUGGGGAAAGAAGAAUGUGGAACAGAUGACAGAAAAGCUGGGGCAUCUCACCUCAGCAGAGAAAACCUAACUGUACCUAAUUGUUCGUAUUUCUUGUAGCUGAAAAACAGUUAGCACAGAAACACAUAGGACCGUGGGACCUCUGACUUGUUCUUCAUAGUGUAUCAUAUCUUCGCAUAUUGCAGUGCGAUGCGUCGACUGACAUUGACUUUGUAGAGUAACAUACUUUUCUCCCUCGUACUUUGCCCAUGUUUAGAAUGAUGCAUAGAUUAGUUGCUAUACUUUUGUGAGGUAUGUUGUGUUCAUACCUGGUCACUUGACACAUCCGGAUAUUGCUGUCCUCAACUACUACGAUUUCUCAGGUUGGGGUGUCCUCAACUUCUACGAUUUCUCAGGUUGGGGUCAUGGUUAUAUUGAUGGAUGAUAAUAAUCACUUUGAUGUUGAAUGCUAUAUAUAGACUAAAGAACCACUUCACUUUUGGAACAUUA